AUGCCGUUCAAUCAGCACGACGUAAAGAAUACAUGGGGUCAAUUCGAUGGCACAAUAACAAAAUGGCAAGGUUUUCAUGAUCGUUUUGUCGCUGCCAUACAUGACAACGAAAACGUCACCGAAGCGUACAAGUUCCAGUAUUUGAAACAAUCGUUAGUUGGACAGGCAAAGAAAGAUUUUGGCGAAUGGUUAGUGUCAGACGAAGGCUACAAGGAAUGUUGGGACCGUUUGAAACAAAUGUACGAUAAAAAGUAUUUGAUCCGUCGAGAAUAUCUUCGGAACUUUCUUCGAUUGCCUGAACUCCACGGGGCCCCAUCAGCAAGAGAACUUCAACACAUGGCGAACGUUACCCAUGAAACGAUGCGUCAAUUGAAGGCUCAAGGCCUUCCAGUUGAAUUCUGGAACUUUUUCAUCGUUCAUUGUUUGCACGAACGUUUGGACCCAGAGACAAGCCGUCAAUGGGAAUUACAACGUGAGACGGAUGAUCCAGGUGCGAUGGAAAUGUUAAUGUUCAUUGAAAGACAAGCCGCUGCUCUUCCAGUCGAAGCAACUGGCCACCGAUCACGUAUAGACGUUAGUAUAGGCAGUGGACAAGACAGUCGUUCAGUACAGACACGAAAACGUGAAAGUUCGACACACCGUCAUCAACCCAAAUAUGAUCAAAAGAAGUCGUCAGGCAAACCAUCUCACUGUAAGGUACCAUGUGAUGUAUGCACGGACAUGCACCAAAUUUGGGAAUGCGAUCAGUUUUUGUCGUUGUCGUUUCGUGGCCGCCGAGACUUUGUUGAUCGACGCAAUAUUUGCCCAAAUUGCCUUAAAAAAGGUCAUAAGGAAAAAGAUUGUUUCCAGCGCGGCUGUGUUCGCUGCCCAGGUGCUCCGAAACACAAUAUUCUUUUGUGUCCUGCAAAAGAGGUGAACAAAAGCGCAAUGAAUUUCCGCGUUCAAGAUGACGACGAAUACUCAUUAACCAGAAAGAAUAAGCAGAAGGAUGAAAAGAAGAAAAAGGAUUGA